UGCCAUUGAAUCUGUGUUUUCGUUUCUUUCACCCCUCUUUCAUUCUUCAUUUUGCCCCCGUCUUUCUCAACUCUACAUUGGCAAGUAAUACAUGGUUCCUUCCAUGAAGUUCAUCUUCGGGCUUCUUUCAUUUGUCACCGUCGGCUUGAUCAUCGGUUCUGUCUCUCAACUGGCACUUUUACGACAACUGGAAGACUCCCCUGGCACAAGCACAAAGUCUCCAAGAUUUAGAAGACUGCAUCAGAGGGACGGUGUCCUUCAAUUGCCCAGAGGAUUUCCACUUUGGAAAAAUGACAAGGAAGUUGAAACCUUACGUCUUGGAUAUAUCAAACCUGAAGUUCUUAGCUGGUCUCCUCGAAUCAUUUUAUUGCAUAAUUUCCUAAGCAUGGAGGAGUGUGAGUAUCUGAAGGCUAUAGGGUACCCUCACCUUCAAAAUUCACAUGUGGUAGAUUCAAAAACAGGAAAGAGUUUCAUGAGCAAUGUCAGGACAAGCUCUGGUAUGUUCCUGAGUUCGAAAGAUAGAAAACACCCAAUGGUGCAGGCAAUUGAGAAAAGAAUUUCAAUCUAUGCUCAAGUACCAGUUGAAAAUGGAGAGGCUAUUCAAAUUUUGAGAUACGAGAAGAAUCAGUAUUAUGAACCCCAUAAUGACUACUUUUUUGAUGAUUUCAACUUGAAAAAAGGUGGGCAGCGAAUAGCAACAAUGCUCAUGUAUAUAGGUGACAAUGUUGAGGGUGGUGAAACAUAUUUCCCAGCGGGUGGUUCGGGUGAAUGUAACUGUGGUGGGAAAAUUGUCAAAGGGAUCUCUGUGAAGCCAAUUAAAGGAAAUGCAGUACUUUUCUGGAGUAUGGGACUAAAUGGAAAAUCAGAUCCGAAAAGUCUUCAUGGAGCAUGUGAGGUACUUUCUGGGAAAAAAUGGUCUGCAGUAAAAUGGAUGAGAGAGAGGGCUUUCACUUAACUUAGGUUUGCAAUAUAUAUUUUAUAUUAUAUGAAUAUAAUUAAUUAUACAAGGGUUCUCCAUAGAUGGAGUUUUCCCUUAAUGUUGUCUAUUGUAACUAUUGUUGUAUUGAUUGGAUUAUUCUUGAUAAUGCAUAAUGAAGUUAGAUCA